AAAAAAAUCUCAGACGAAUCCAACCAACAAUCGACGGUUUCUCAGCCGAUAAUCUGAAGAGCCGAAGAAGAUUGAAGUACUGACUGUAGGUUAAAGGUAAUGGCUAAAAGGAGACGAGUAGAAAAAGAAGUGGGAGUGGAAGCGGAGGUCGAGGAGGACCGGUAAAUGGGUUGUUCAUGGAUCUGCAACUUUUUCAAUUUAUCAGAUUGUAUGUAUUUGUAUCCCAGAGAGUUCAGGGAGACGCCCGUUCAUAUUUCAAACUACUCGAGCUUACAUACACUUAGAGAUGUGCGAGAUUCGUUGUCUGAAUCUGAGCUAGUACGGGUCAGGAAAACAGCAAUUGGCCAUCUCCUCGACGUUCCGGACGACCAAAAAUGGUCUUCUGCUCUUUACUACUAUUUAAUGUCUAGGCUGAUAUGUGUAGAACCGUAGAAAACACGGAAAGGUGAAGUCUGGUUCAGUGUUGGAGGGAGAGACUUGUGUUUUUGCAAGGAAGACUACAAGGCAGUUACGGGUCUUUCUUUCGAGCAUUCCGGUGAAGAAUUCGAUAGUCAAAAGGUAGUAUUGAACCUCUUGACGGAGCGUUUUGGCGGUAUGGAGAAAGUCCUAGGAGGGGAUUUGUAUGACUUCCUUGUAUUCAUCACGAAAUCCAUGGGAGGUAAUCCCAUAUUGGCGUGCACUAAGAACGAACGUUCAAAGACCUUUAGAGAGAAGGAACCGGUCGAAUGUCCAGCUGGCGAUAGGGUGAAAGUAGCAUUGUUACUAAUUGUGCACGUAUUCCUAUUUGGGCGCCAACUCAAAGACCCGGUUGAUAAGGAACACUGGCCUUUAGUUGAAAACCUUGAGCAUUUCAACACAUUCUCAUGGGGUGCGAAAUCAUAUACCCUCCUUUUUGAGAAAACGCAGAAAGCAUUUGCACGUCAAGGUGAUAAAAAAAAGUCUCCAAAGUUGUGUUCUCUCAAGCCAGGGGGGAUACCACAAGCGUUGGUGGUCUGGAUGCUGAAGCUCUUCCCUCAUUUGCUUGGUAAUUACGGAAAGGAGUUAGCCAGUAAACGGCCGCGCCCCCUUUUGCUUACGGUGGUGUUGCGCGAGAAAGUAAUUGCCUACAAGGACUUUUGUGACGACAUGAAGGGAGUAGUCUUUAGUGAAGACAACUUGCCGAAAAUCCGUGCGGUAGGUGAAGAGUUUCGUGAGGCUGCAUGGGAAGAAGGUGUGUCUGAAAAUCAUGAUUUGGAGGAUGCCUCGGCAGAUGCUCCCCAUGAUGACCAAGAUCAAGCCAUGGAUUCUUCUGAUGACAAUAGACAUGUUAUCCCCGUGGUUCCGGAGCAAAGCGGAGCGGAAGUGACAGCAGGUUAUGCCGAACGUGGUUCCCACCUCGGUGUUGGUGUGUCAGCUGAAUUUAUAAAUAAUUUGACAGCAGAUGCAACGGAAAAAAUGAUAAACAGUGUGCAGUUGAUGAUGGAUUUUCUGAGAAGAUGAUUCAGUCGUUAAAGUUACUCGAACACAGAAUCGAGUCGGUGGAACCGAUGGUCCACCAAUUACUGAAAACAAUUGGUGCUCCUCCGGAGAAUCAUACAGUCGUUGGUUUGGAAAGUGCUGGACCUAGCAAGGACGGCUAUUAUCGCAAUGAUGAGUCCAAUGUAGAGGAUUGUGGUUUAGGACCUACCUGCAAGGACGGCGAUUCUCGCAAUGAUGAGUCCAAUGUAGAGGAUUGUGGUUUGGAAAGUGCUGGACCUAACAAGGACGGCGAUUCUCGCAAUGAUGAGUCCAAGGAAGAUGAGACAAUUGACGAAAUACUUACAGACAAAGUUGAGGAAGAGGAUGGUAGACCAAUUGACAUGAAUCAUACAGGUGAUAGUUUUGACGCUAGUGCACUCAACGAGAAGAAUGACUCUGACGGAGUAAAGGCGGACGUACAGGGUCCUAGACCAGAUACUGCCCACAUCCGUCAAGAUGAGCCGGUAGAAGUGAUCCAAAAAGACAAAGGUGGGGAUAUUGAUGUUGAAACUGAGAAGGAAGACAUGCUUAAAAACAAAGUUUCAUCUGAGGAAGAGGAUGUUGAUACAGAAACUUCCCACAUCCGUCGAGAUGAUCCUGUGGAAGAGCUUAUUAAGGACAAAGAUUUAUCUGUGGAAGAGAAUGCUGAUGCCCACAACCUUCGAGAUGAUCCGGUGGAAGACAAAGGUUUAUCUGAGCAAGAGAAUGUUGAUGUGGAAAUUGAGAUGGAAGAGAUGCUUAAAGACACGGGUUUAUCUGAGGAAGAGGGUACUGAUACAGGAGUUGUCAUGGAUAGUAUACCUGAAAAGGUCACAUAGGAUCACACAGGUGAGAGUUC